CAUAAUGAAGGUGAUAAACUACUCAAGAAGCUCAAAUCAAAAUUGCUGCGACUUAGUGUCAUCCUCAAUGAUGCAGAGAAACAACAAUUCACUAAUCAAUUAGUGAAAGAUUGGCUGGACGAGCUUAAAGAUGCUAUCUACCACGCAGAUGACUUAGUGGAUGAGAUUGCUACUAAAGCUUUGGGGUGCAAGGUAGAAGCUGAGUUUCGAAGCGCUGUGAAAAACCAGGUAACAACCUCAACCUCGACUUCUGAUUCAAGUGUAUAUGAUGCAAAGCUAGUGUCCCAGAUGGAGGAGAUCAUUAAAAGACUAGAAUGUUUUUUAGAAGAAAAAGAUGAUCUUGGUUUGAAAGAAAUUGCUGAUCUGAAGUGGUCUCACUCUCACAGAUUGCCAUCAACUUCUUUAGUUGAUGAAUCUGGUGUGUAUGGGAGGGAUGAUGACAAGGAGAAGAUAAUUAAAAUAUUGCUUUUGGGUGAGGCGAGUAGUAAUAAGAUAGAUGUGAUUCCAAUCAUUGGGAUGGGUGGAAUAGGCAAGACCACCCUUGCUCAACUCAUAUACAAUGAUGGCAGAGUACUUGAGCAUUUUGAUAUGAAAGCAUGGGUUUGUGUUUCUGAUGAAUUUGAUGUUCUUAGGGUUACAAGAACAAUUCUUGAGGCAAUCACUUCAAGUAAUUAUAACACACAAGACCUAAAUAUGCUUCAAGUUAAGUUGAAGGAGAGAUUGGCGGGGAAGAAGUUUCUAGUUGUUUUGGACGAUGUCUGGAAUGAGAACCCUAGUCAUUGGGAAAUCUUGAGGACUCCUUUCACAGCUGGUGCAUAUGGAAGUAAGAUUGUUGCAACAACCCGUAAUCAUAGUGUCGCAUCUAUCAUACACACCAUUCCUAUUCAUCAUUUGCAACACUUAUCGAAUGAAGAUUGUUGGUUAGUUUUUGCUCAAAUUGCUUUUGACAAAGGAGAGUCGAAGGCUUUUCCGAAACUUGAAAAGAUUGGUAAACAAAUAGUGGAUAGGUGCAAAGGUUUGCCUUUAGCUACAAAAACACUUGCAUGUCUAUUACGCUUCAAACUUGAUGUUGAGGAAUGGGAUGAAAUAUUGAAGAGUGACAUAUGGGAUUUGCCAGAGGAUAAGAACAACAUUCUUCCAGCCUUGAGAUUGAGCUAUCAUUAUCUCUCUCCACAUUUAAAGCAAUGUUUUGCUUUUUGUUCUACUUUUCCUAAAGAUUAUGGAUUUGUAAAAGAGAAGCUAGUCUCGUUCUGGAUAGCUUUGAAUUAUGUGCAACAAACUAGAAAUAAUAAUACUUUGGAAAAGAUUGGGGAGGAGUAUUUUGAUGAACUAUUAUCAAGGUCAUUCUUUCAACAACCAAGACGUAGUAGAUCCUUUUUUGUAAUGCAUGAUUUAGUCCAUGACCUAGCUCAAGUUGUCCAUGGACAAUUUUCUUUCAGGGUAGAUGACAAGAAGCUACUCGAUAUUUCUCCUAAAGCACGCCAUUUUUCAUAUAAGAGGACAACAUUAGAUGGUUUUGAAAAAUUCAAGGCAAUUAAUGAGGCAAAGUAUUUAAGGUCUAUUUUACAAUUAAAUCAAUAUCACAGUCCAUGUGAUUGUUCAUACUUGUCCAAGAAGGUAUUGGAUGACAUUUUUCCAAUGCAAAAAUGCUUACGGUUGCUGUCAUUGCCAUGUUAUAAUAUUAUGGAUUUGCAUGAUUCAAUUGAUAAUAUGAUACAUAUUCGUUAUUUGGAUCUCUCUGCAACAAAAAUAAAAAAAUUGCCCAAAGUAGUUUGCACCCUGUAUAAUUUGCAAACAUUGCUACUAUCAAAUUGUUCUCUUCUCACAACCUUGCCGAUGGAGAUUGGAAAAUUAAUUCUCUUGCGUCAUCUUCAUAUUAGUGGAACUAAUUUAAUGGAGAUGCCGAUGCAAAUGAGUCGACUAAAAGGUCUCCAACAUUUAACUGAUUUUGUUGUGGGAAAGUGCAGUGGGUCAGCUAUUAACGAGUUGAAGGAGUUUCAUAAUCUUCGUGCAAAACUGACAAUUUCAGGUUUGCAAAAUGUAAAGAGUGGAAGGGAUGCAUUGGAAGCAAAGCUGAAGGAAAAAGAGCACCUUGAAGAGAUAGUGUUGGAAUGGGGUAAAACUACGGAGGAUUCACAGAAUGAAAGAGAAGUACUUGAAAAUUUGCAGCCUCAUAAAAAUUUGAAGCGCCUCACAAUCAAACGAUAUGGGGGCACAAGAUUUUCAGAGUGGUUGGGAGAUCACUCAUACUUUAAUAUAGUGUCUUUAUGCAUUGAUAAAUGUGAUCAUUGCUUUUCAUUGCCGCCCCUUGGUAAACUGCCCUCUUUGAAACACCUUAACAUAGCAAGGAUGAAUGGAAUAAUUAUGGUGGGUGAGGAAUUCUAUGGUGAUGGUUCUUCAACCAAACCUUUUCAAUCUCUCGAGACUCUUCGUUUUGAAGAAAUGUUGGAGUGGGUGGAAUGGUAUAUUUUGGGGGCUGAAGAGUUUUCGCAACUUAAAGAACUUUGUAUAAUCAAGUGUCCAAAGUUGGUUGGAGGCUUACCCAUACGCAUGCCAUCUUGGGUGAGUCUCGAGAUUCGUGAAUGCUCAGCACUUACAGCUUUGCUUCCAAGGACUUCGGUUGCAAAUAAACUAGUAUUGAAUGGAUGCAAUGGCGUAGACUUGGGAUGGCAUGGUGUGUCUUCUCUUGUAAAAUUGGAGAUUUCAAAUAUGCCAAGUUUAAAGGAAUUGACACCCGAGCUACACAUGCUAACAAAUCUGCAGGAGUUAAUCAUAAGGAAUUGUCGAAGCCUUGUGUCAUUUCCACACACAGGAUUGCCGCUGAUGCUUACAAGACUUGAGGUUCGGCGCUGUGAGGCUUUGGAUUCUGUAAAUGUGUGCCUCAACACUCGCCUUCAGAAAUUGGUCAUUGAAAACUGUUCGUCACUUUUGUCUUUUGCUGUUGGUGUUCUACCCAUUACGUUGAAUUUAAUUCAUAUUUCGAAAUGUCCGAAACUAGUUUUCUCGGUAUCAGAGGAGAUGGAGUGCUGCAACAGUUCCCUUAAAUGGUUAUCAUUGCAUAGCUGUGGUACUCUCAAGUCCUUGCCGCUUGGAUUCUUUCCGAAACUUCGACAUCUAAAUACCACAAAUUUUGAAAUCCUUUCAAUUCCGAAUGGCCAUGGACCAAGAAUUUCGACAUCGCUUGUGCGUGUUGAGAUUAGUGGUUGCAAUAGUAUGGUAUCUUGUCUGCAAGAAGCAUUAUACGCUCCCAAUCUGAAAACUUUUUGGGUCCAAAACUGCAAAAAGCUCAAGUUGCUGCCAGAAGGAAUGCAUACCCACCUUCCAUCUCUUGAAUCACUGACAAUAUGGAACUGUCCAGAAAUUGAGACCUUUCCGGAAGGGGGUCUGCCUUCCAACUUACGUCGACUUCAAGUCUGGGGUUGCAAGAAACUUGUGGAUUGCCGGAGAGAGUGGGGUUUGCAACGACUCCCCUCUCUUACAGAGUUCGUAUUCGGAGGAGGCAAAUACGAAGAAGAGGAUGAUGAUGUGCUGGAGUCCUUUCUGGAGGAAGCCCUGCUGCCCCCCACUCUUACAUUGCUCGGUAUCAAUAAUCUACAAAAUCUGAAAUCAAUCAACUACCAGAGCUUUCAACACCUGACUUGUCUCAAAGAGCUGCGAAUCUGCCAAUGCCCUCAACUCCAAUCCUUGCCCGAAGAGGGUUUUCUCGCCUCCCUUUCUAUGCUGGAAAUCUUCGCAUGUCCAUUACUGAAACCUCGUUGCGAGAGGGACAGAGGUGAUGAAUGGCACAAGAUUGCUCAUAUCCCCUUCGUAAAAAUCGAUGAUGAAGUGAUUUGUUUUGAGCAACUCACUGGCAACUUCAGUUAAAUAUUCUUCUGCAAAUUGUUCACUCUACCCAAAGCACCAAACAUCGCAACUUUCUUAGAGGUCAAAUUCUCAUAUUCUAGACUGAGUAAGCUUGACAUCCGGAUUGGAUCAAAACUUGAGGACUGGCACAGCAUCCCGCAACCAAGAUUUUGGUUUUGGUGGGCAAGGCUUAACAGGAGGACAUAGGAGAUGGAGCUAAUUUGACAGUUUUGUUUGCUGGAGAGCUCCUUCAAAAUGCCGAGGAGCUCAUAAGGAUGGGAUUGCACCCAAGUGAGAUAAUCAUAGGAUACCCGAAAGCAACUAAUAAGACUGUUGAAAUCUUGGAUGAAUUGGUUGAAAAAGGUUCUGAAAAGAUGGAUGUAAGGAACAAGGAUGAAGUUAUUAAACGAAUGAAAGCUACUGUUGCUAGCAAGGAAUUUGGGUUGGAGGAUAUUUUAUGUCCUCUUAUUGCUGAGGUUGUCAUGUUUGUUGGUGGUGUUAAUACAUCUGCAACUGAAACAAAAGGAACCGUCCUUAUUCAUAGUGCUGAGCAGCUAGAGAAUUAUGCAAAAACUGAAGACGCCAAAGUUGAGGAGCUCAUCAAAGAAAUUGCAUACUCAAGUGCCAAGGUUAUUGUUAGUGGAGCAGCAGUUGGAAAGAUGGCACUGCACUUCUAUGAGUGUUACAAGUAUAUUAUCUCUCCAUUGUCUCCCCUACUUUUUUUUUCUUUGUCAUUUCAUUUGCUAUCAUGUUUCUAUUGAACCUAUGGCCAAAAGAUUUUACCAACAAUUGUGGUUUGAAUAGUUUUAAAAGAUGGUUAAUGCUCAUGUUACACAAUUA